AGAUACAUCACUGCUGCUCCGAAUGGCAGAUCUAAUCUCUCAGCAACAUCAGAGAGGCGGCGCUCUCUUUGAUUGGCAUCGUCGAAAUUUGGUAGGUAGUUCUAGCAGGCGAAGAGUGUUCAGUACCGGACGGGUUGUGUUGUGAGUAGGUGAUGUGCUGGGAUUAAACGGAAAUUAACGGAAUAAUGGCCCUCGCGUUGGAUAACAGUGGCUUAUAUCAAAAUGGAAACUGGUUCUUCAUGACGGAUGGACAGGGGCCGAGUACGUCCAUGUACGCUAGCAGCGUGAAUGACCCUUGGACGUCCACCAUAAGCCUGAAUCCACAGCUGACAUCCGCGGGCAUGACCUCAUUGUUCAAGUACCCGCGCCAGCCCGACCCUUGGACCACCAGCACACUGGGCUACAGUCUGGGCACAAUGACAGCGAACCCGUACCAGACCCCCAUGUCUGACCUUACAGACCAGUUCAGUGACCUAUGUCUGUCAGUGCCCAAACCCAGCAAAAGACCACCCUCCACAUACUUGUGUCAUCUUUGCUUCACCAAAGGUCAUUAUAUCAAGGAUUGCCCACAGGCCCGCCCUAAAGGUGAAGGCCUGACUCCAUACCAAGGCAAGAAGCGCUGUUUCGGGGAGUACAAAUGUCCAAAAUGUAAACGGAAAUGGAUGUCAGGCAACAGUUGGGCAAACAUGGGCCAAGAAUGCAUUAAGUGCCACAUCAAUGUCUAUCCUCAUAAACAGCGUCCACUGGAGAAGCCAGAUGGCCUAGAUGUGAGCGAUCAGAGCAAAGUCCAUCCCCAACACCUAUGUGGAAAGUGCAAGAUGCUGGGCUAUUACUGUAGGAGGAUGGACUAGAGUCACACCACGCACCAUACAAUAACCCUUUCCCGCUCUGAUACACAUUUUUACGCAUUUGUGGUCCUUUAGAAAAUCAAAUUGAAUUUAAGACCUUUUUUAAUAGAUUCAAAUUUUAAUUGCUUCAUUUCCAACUCUAUGAUACUGACGAGUUGCAAACAGCAUACAACUUGAACAGCUUGAGAGUUACUAGCAGGAUGUUCUGGUUUUAUUCUGGUUGCAUAAAGCAAUUUUCAUUUUUUUCUUCUGAGCGGGAAAGGGAUAACCAAGCAAGGAUCGGUGGCCAGCAGUUAUGAGUAUUUGUUAUUUUUUUGUGGGGAUAUGAAUGGAGAGAAGGAUUUUUCGAACAAAAGGUGACUCACAACAGUCUUGGUACAUUUCGAAGAAGCUGUGACAUAUAAGCAUUGUCUGCAGGCUGGUACUCAUUAUGUUUAAAGAAUUAGACAUUUUGAUCAAGUUAAAUUAUUGAGGUGCUGCUGCAUAAUGUAAGAAAAUGUACAUGGAAGCAGGAAUGGGUAUGAAGAAUAAAUAAUAUUAAGAAUACAUUGGUUAGAUAAGAUAGCUUAGCAUCCGUUUUAACCCUUACAGUGCGGGAACCGAGUUGUG